AUGCGGAUGGCGAGGAGGCCGUUGAAAGCGGCGGGAGGGGUUGGGGAGGCGAGAGGGAGGCGGCGAGUGAUGGCGAGGAGCGAUGGCAGGGGGUUGGUUGAGAGGGUGGCGGUGAUGGGCGUGGUGGCGGUGAUGGCGAUGGUGGGGAGCGACGAGGGCCUCACGAAGGGCGGUUGGGCGCAGCGCUGCUUCUGGCGCAGCAGCGGCUGCAGCCGUGGCUUCCUCCCCCUCAUGAUGGCGCACGCUGCUCCCCUUGACCCCACCCAGUGGCCAGGGCUGCGAGACAUGAAGGCGCAGUGGAGCAGUAUAAUACCGAGCAUCACAGACACCUGGGUGGAGAAUGCCGAGUGCGGCGUCUCGACUUUCCGUCAUCUCUCGUGCGACAGUAGUGGCUUCGUGACGAGAUUGUGA